CGAAGAGAAGAGCGCGGGCGCGCAGCGAGCAGAGCAGCGCGAGAAGCAGAGACUCCGCUCGAGGGACGAGGACGAAGGACGCAAGGGAGCAAAAGCUCGGGGCUCUGGCGCUCGAGCGGGCACACCCACAGACAGAGCAGCAGCAGCAGCUGCAGCAGGAGGUGCGGUGUGGUAGGAAAGGGUAGGCAGGGGAAGCAGGCGCUUCGCCGGAUCGAGUGUUUUGGACUCGGCGCAUGACGCAAGCCUGCGGGCGGAACUCUCUUCGACGAAGAAACUCGGGUCCGGAGUCGGAGGUCAAUGCUGCGUUCGAGUACAUUUUGUUCGGUGAAGCGCUUGCAGGGUGCUGGUCUACACCAUUUUCCCCUCGCCGCACACCCUCCCAUAGGUGGACCCCUACCAGCCUGAGGAAACUGGGAGCUACCGAGUUGUUGUACAUAAUACGUAGCACAGGUACUCGAGUUGGUUCGAAUUGAAGAAUUUUGUGAUCUCCAAUCCAGCGAGAGCUGGUUGGAUAGACGAGAUGCAGGGUAAUUGGCCUGGGCUCCCGAAUUGGGUUUUCAAUGCAUCGCCACCAUUAGAACCGGGGGAGAAAUGGUCCCGUUCGAGCUCCUGUUCCCCGAGACCUGGAGCUGGCGCUUGCUCGGGAUCUCAUUCUGGCUCGAUUACACCUCCUGCGAAAGGGCAUGUUGCUAAACCUUUCCCUCUGUCCAGCUUUAGCCCGAGUGCGGGAAAGGCAGCGAUUGGAGGUGGAUUGAAUGCCGUGCUCCAAGCGGCCGGAGGACUGCUGCGACUACUAGGAAAAGGAGGUUCCACUAAUUUCGAGAAGAGACGCAGAAAGAAUCAAAGACAGUUGAAGCGCGACACAGGAGUAAAAGUUGGUGCUGAAGUGACUGAAUUCAAUGCUGCCGUGAGCACGUAUGGAAGUAAUUUAAGUGGGAGAGGCUCUGCCUCCGUUCUCCUGACCCGGGUCACUUCUGUGCUGUUUGGGCGUUUGGGCAAAAUGAGAGAGCGCAACGCCUUGCCUACAAUCCUUGCUGCGCUCUUGCCUCCACUUUUGACCUAUGACAGACCCUCAAAUAUGCUCCUGCCGGCUCCCAAGGACGUGGAGGUGGAGAACGCAUGUAUGGUAAAAUCUGUGGAAGAGAGUGUGAAAGUACAAACCAAGAUGACAGAGAAGCUUCCAAAGGACGGUGUGAUUGUGGAACCUAAAACUGGUGUCAGCUUUCCUUCCUAUCUUUUGUUUGGGGAGCCUGGAGCGAAGGUUGACGAUUAUAGUUCAUGCCAGGUACUGGCCGGUGUGGGUUUUCGCUCCAAAACUUUGAUACGAGUGAAAUCGAUUGUGAUUUACGCGUUCGGCCUGUAUGUGGAGCCAAACCAUCUACGCGCGAAACUGGGAGAUAAGUACGCAGGGGUACCUCCUGAAGAACUGAAAUACCGACCGGAAUUUUACGACGACCUUCUCAGUCAAGGGGUGGGUAUGACAGUUCGUCUCGUCGUGCACUACAAAGGCCUGAGUAUGGGAAUGGUCCGCAGUGCGUUUGAGAGUUCUUUGAAACUGCGACUCAAGAGGAUUAAGGGUGUAGAGGACGAUGAAGGAUUACAAGAUUUUUGCUCACUCAUGUCGGAAGACUUGAGAAUUUUUCGGGGAACGACUAUUGAUGUUCGCUGGCAACCAGGCGGUGCUCUUCAAACUGAAAUUGGCGGUCAUCAACUUGGGACAGUCUUCAGUCACCAUCUAUGCCGGGCCUUUUUUGACCUAUAUAUUGGAGAAACUCCUGUGUCGGAAUCAGCCAAGUACGAAAUAGGCGAGAGUUUUGGCCGCUUGUUGACGAACCGCCCGCAUGUUUAACAUCACAAUCACCAUUCAAUAUCACUCCCAGCAUCCUGAGGUAAUCUUUCACGGAGCUCAACACGUAUACAGCCGUUCAUUCGUAGCAACAGUAAUUGUUGGUGGCAACAUACAGUGAUGCAGCUGUGUACUUUUUGGUCUGCUGUCUUGAGGAUUGAGAGAUUGCCUCCUUCAACACACUCGAUUGAAUGCAACUUCCAAAACAAGGUGGUUUAUGUAGAUAAUGUUAUAAUCCUAAUGUGCUCCAUGCAUCUUAAUCAGACUCGGUUAGUUUAGCAAAUAAAAGAAACUACCUCAUCGACAGUGUGUUGGACAUGCUAUAGGUCAAUGGGUUUGCUGGUCCGAAGAUAUACAGAGAUAAUUUUCAUAUUAAUUGGAAAUGUAGGGUAAGGUCUGCCCGACGUAGAAUUGUAGCUACGUUAUACCUCCAUUAUUUGAUGACCAUAUUAAAGACUAGCUAAAGCUGGCUUUGACAGACCACUUCUAGAAAGAAUAUAGAGCAGUCGUCCUCCCCCCAUUAGUGUAUUUUAUUUAGUGGUUCUGGCCACGCACCAUUUGUUUCUGUUGUACUGCGUGUGAAAUUAUCAAACGUCAUCCGAUGAGUCCUCCCUUUUAACG